AUGGCCUCCGGGACGCCGACCGACAGAAAGAAAAAUCCUCUGGGGUCUUCCUCCGCCAGUUGUCUCGGGCUGGCGGAGCCAUGCGGCCACGUGGACUUCUACCCUAACGCUGGAGAAUAUCAACCAGGCUGCUCUGACCUCUCCAAGCAAGGGGAGACGCGGGGCUGCAGCCACAGCAGAGCUCACGACUACUGGAUAGAGAGCAUCAACGGCGAGACGCCCUUCCUGGCCCGCCCCUGCAGCGACUGGGACGCCUACGUGGCCGGCGAGUGUGACAGCUGCGGCCAGGGCUGCCUCGAGAUGGGCUUCCACGUCCAGAAAGGCCUCACGGGGAACUACUACCUCAGGACCAACGACGCCCCGCCCUUCGCCAUGGGAUAGACUGUACAAAAAGAGAGAGAG